AUGGCAUCUCAGCGCAGCGAAAGAGGCAGUAGCAGAGACACAGGCACAGACACAGUCCCAGGCACAGACAUAGUCCCAGGCACAGGCACAGACACAGUCGCAGGCACAGGCGGAGAUAACAACCCUCCUGUCGAGACUCCCACUUAUCUUAUUCCCAGGAAUCAGCUCCUCAAGUGGCUCUCCGUUGGUACACGCAUUCGACACAAUGAUGCCCACGAGCUGAAAACGCUGACACUCAAUAUUCGAGAUGCCAACAUUGAGACUCUAUUCAGAUGGAAGCUUUCUCGCCAUGAUCUCUCUCGUCUUCGGACAGUUUUGCGCGGCCAGGAUAUCGAAAGUUGGCGCACCAGUCAGUUGUCUGAGUGGUUGUUUCUCAACACUCAUCCUAUUUUUAAAUUGGUACUGAGUCAAUUCUGUGGUCGUCUACUAGCACAGCAAUUGCUUCUCGAGAAUCGCCUGUUCAUCUCAUUCCUCUGGACGCAGCACCCUAGUAAGGGCGAAGCGAUCCUGGAUGCCACAGGCGCGAUGCGUUCCCUAAACAUGCAACUGCUAGCAUUACGCCAGCACACAUCAAUUCCUCUUCCUUGGAGCUCCGAGGAUCUCCAAAAUCAUCUCACUGGAGGGAGCAUGGAGACACUCAAUGAUCUCUUUGCUUCAAUGGUCCGUCUAUCGGGACCCAAGCAGCUCUUUGUCAUCAUUGACCGUGCAUGCACUACCAGCGGCAUGGACAAGGUGUUGCGCAAGCUAUAUGAUUUAUUGCUUCAGCUGCGCAAUAUGGAUACCCCGGUAAUUCUCAAAGUACUGGUGACGAAAAGCCAUAACGACCUUUUGGAAUCCAACUUUUGGAGGGACGGAGUGCGGAGGGUGAAUUUAGAGUGA